UGCAUUUUCAAAACAUCAGUGCCGAAGGCCAUCAUCAUCAUGGUGACUGCGGGCAUGAAGCAGCGCUCGCUGCACGAUUUCUUCGCCAAGAGCGUCCGCACGCCAGACUCCAUCUCCAAGCGACUGGAACUCGUCGACGAAACAGACUCGGACAUCGAAGACGAUGUCGCGAACCUUCCGCCAGACCAAGAUGAUGAAAUGCACGUUACGUACGACGACGCUGAGGACGACUCGCAGCGCGACUUCUCGAUGCCCAAGCGCAUCUCGUUCUCACCGAGCCAGUGCAGCGAGCCCGAUGGCGAACCUGCCUGCGAUGACGACAGCCAGCAGCAGCAUCCGUGGAGCGAAGACUUUGCGCCGCCUAGCUUCUCGCAGCUGUACAGCCAGCAAUCGUUCUGCGACUUCUCGACGCCGCAAGACCAGCCUGUGGUGCACAUGUCGCACCCCCGGACUCCGUCGCCCAUCAAGAAGCGACCACGCACGAUUCCUUCCUUCCAAAGCAUGCCGUUCCUCGACGCAGGCGCCGCCACGCCCACCGCCGCCACAAGUCGCGGCCUCGUCGACCACCGCGACGACAUGACGACCAGCGACGCCGGCAGCUUUGCGGUCGAGUCGCCUCGCGGCCCAUCUCCACCUGUCGCGCCCGCAUCCAUGACCACGCCAUUCACCGAGAUCAACUUGAAUCCGUUCGCUCCCGCCGCCACCGACCGCAAGCGCAAGAAGCAGCACCGCCGUGUGUCACCUCCAUUAUGGCUAGGGGCGUCCACGUCGUCGAAAUACCUGGAUGACUUUAUCGAGCGCGAGCUGCUGGGGUCAGGGUCGUUUUCAAAAGUGUUCAAGGUCAUCAAACGUUUCGACGGAUGGACGUACGCCAUCAAGAAGAGCAAGCGGCACUUUCGCGGCGCGUCCGACAAGCAACGCGCCCUUCGGGAAGUGCAUGCACUGGUGGCGUUGAGUGGCAGCCACCAUAUUGUGCGAUACUACGACGCUUGGAUCGAAGACGACUUGCUGUACAUUCAGCUAGAGUUUAUGCACAGUUGUUCGCUGGCGACGUUUCUGGGCGACAGCAGCAGCUGCGACGGAGUCAGCGAAGGCACAGUUCGCAAAGUGCUCAAGCAUUUGGCCACGGCGCUGCGAGACAUGCACGCGAUGAAAGUGGUGCACAUGGACGUCAAGGUGGACAACAUUUUGAAGCACCCCGUCUCGGGCGUGUACAAGUUGGGCGAUUUGGGAACGGUGGUACCCAUCGAUGGGUCGAUGGAGAUCAUGGAAGGAGACAACCGAUACCUGUCGCGGGAAUUACUCGAAGGCAGUCGCAUGCAUUUGAGUCAAGGAGACAUCUUUGCGUUGGGGGCAACGAUGUAUGAGCUGAUCCGAGGUGAGGGGCUGCCGAGCUCUGGGGACGAAUGGCAAAAGAUUCGCAAUGGGGAGUUGACAGUGUUUCGGCACUACUCGAGCUCAUUGCAGCACCUGAUUGCCAGUAUGAUGCACCCCGAUCCCCUCGCGCGGCCGUCCGCCGACGAGAUUUUGCGCCAUGAAACUGUCGUUGAUGUGUAAAUAGUGUGUGUCAAUUCUAUGGCAAGAAGCCCUGUGACGUUGAUCCAUGUGUCGCUCACACUAAUUCCAAGCGGCGCUAUGCAUUGUAUGUCCCGAUUGGUCAA